AUGAAAAUAUCUGAGCUUCCAGGUGAUGAGAGUUCAGGUUUGACCUGCCGAACCUAUGUUAUACAGAAUGAAAGCCAUACGUUAGGAAAUGCUUUGAAGUGUUUAAUAGACAGAUAUGAAGAUGUUCAAUUUUGUGGUUACACAUUACCGCAUCCAGCUGAAUCAAAAAUUCAUUUUAGGAUACAAACCCAUGAAACGCCAGCUUUAGAAGUCCUUAAAAGAGGAUUACAUGAUCUUCAGAAAUUAUGCAACCACACGUUAAAUUUAUUUGAAAAAGAAGUAAAGGAAUUUAAUAAAACAUAG